AUGACGGCGCCAGAACGGCAGCAGAGGUCUGCCGCCAUGCCGUCGUCGUCCUUGUCGCCGUCGUCGUCGUCGCCCUCGCCCCUUCCCGCCGCUCCCGGCUCGUCCUCGACCGUCUUGGGCACCCUCCGUGCUUCGUCCUCGUCGGCUCCGAAAUCGCCGCCUCCUCCUGCUCGGCCGAGCCUCCUGUCGCGCCUCAACCUGCCGCUACCGAGCGCGUUCAGGAACCGCCACCGCAACGUCGUCGACUUCCACAUCCGCUGCGACGAACCCUACCGAAAGUACGCCGCCGGUGACGCCGUCCGCGGCGCCGUCGUCCUCGCCGCCGUGAAGCCGGUCCGCAUCACCCACCUCGUCGUCUCCCUGCACGGCUACGUCCGCGUCCUCAAGGACCCGACCUCGCUGGCCAAGGCCCAGCUCGCCGCCGCCCUGCCGUCCCACGGAUGCUCGAACCACCCGCAGUACCACGGCAACGGCCUCGCCAGCCUGUUCCAGGACGAGCAGAUUCUCAGCGGCGAGGGGCGCCUCGAGCCCGGGAGGUACGAGUUUGGCUUCGAGCUGCUCUUCCCCAACAAGGAGCUUCCGAGCAGCAUUGAUUUUGAGCGGGGGACGAUAUCGUACAUGAUUACCGCCACCAUCACGAGGCCGACGACGAUAUCGCCGACGUCGACCUGCGACCGCCGCGUCAUGCUCGCCCAGACAAUCGACAUCGGCAUGCUCCCGCCGCCGCGACCGCGAACCAUCUUCUUGGAACCGAUAUCGAAACGCACGCGGAGGAAAAGGUCCGUCGCGCAGGACAGGGCGCCGGCCGCAUGUCCCGACGUCGCCGAUCUCGCCUCCGAGGCCGGUUCCGUUGACCGAGCCACCGUCGCCGACGAGCCCGCCUCGGCCGAGCAUCGUUCUCACAUCCCCACCGAUGCCCGGAGCGAGGUCAGCGGCGAGAGCGGCCGCAGCGCCAGCACGGCCAUCAGCAGGGCCGACUUUGCCCAGCUUUCCCAGGCCAUCUCGGCCAUGUCUCCGGCCGAGAAGCAGCAGGUCGUCGACGACAAGACCAUCACGGCAUCCGUCAGCCUCAUCAAAGCCGGCUUCCUCCCCGGCGACACCGUCUCCGUCAAGAUCACGGUCCAGCACAUCAAGAGGGUCAAGAGCAUGACGGGCGUCAUCGUCACCCUCUUCAGGCAAGGAAGGAUCGACACCUCGCCCGAACCCUACACCUUCGAAUUCCUGACCAAGGAGGAGGAGGCUCGGGUGGCGGACAAGGAGGAGGCCUAUCCGAGGUCGCGCACCGGGCUCGGCGGCCUCUCCCUGACCUCGUCGAGCUCGACGAGCGUCUUCCGCAAGGACCUGGAUCAGAACGCGGCACCGCUCAUCAUAGACCCUGUCACGCUGCAGGCCUCGGUCACGGUGUCCGUCAGGAUCCCCGACGACGCCUUCCCGACCAUCAAGGGGGUGCCCGGCGAGAUGAUCAACUUCAAGUACCAAGUCGAGGUCGUCGUCGACCUCGGCGGACGCUUGGCGAACCAGCUCCAGGGGGGGCAGUCGAACUCGCGCUUCGGGCCCUACGGCAGCGGCGGCUCCGACCAGAGCGCCCACUCGUACGGCCCGCGCCGGACGGCCAACAUCGCCGACACGGAACCUCUGAGGAGGGAAAAGGGCGUCAUCUCGGUCACCAUGGAGACGGUCGUCGGCAGCACCGACAGCUCGCGGAACCGCAAGCCGACGCCGGCCGCGGCACCGUUGUCGUCGCCCGAGUCGGGCACCGUGCGCGUUGCCGAGAGCGACGACGACGAAGUCAUCCGACCCGAGAUCCCCCGCCCCGACGAGGCCUCCCCGGGCUACUUUCAGCAAGGUGCGACGGCCUCGGGUCAAGCCAACGGCCAUCCGUUCGCCCCGCCACCUGGCCAGCAGCCCCUCCCCGGCCACGUCCAGGCGGCGGGCGCCCAGCUCGCCGGCGCAGGGUCAAACGCCGUCGGCGGCGGUGACGACGACGCCGCUCCCUCGUACGUUCCGCCACCCUCGGUCCCGGACCAGCGUUCGAUGACGGAAAAGGACCGGGUGCGACAGGCGGAGCUGCGACUGCUCCCCAGCCAACCCCCUGCCGCGAGCGCCCCAUCCGCCGCGCACGACGGCGGAGACGACGGCCGAAGGCGCUCGCUUCUGGAGCCCGGCGCGCCGGCCGACGAAGCACCUGCACCGUCGGCGCCGACGUUGGAGGACCUGGCUGCUGGACAGCCGGUCGAGGACAAGCAAGAGUUGGAGCGGCAGCGGUUGAUGAACGAAGCGAGCGCGCCGCCCGAGUUUCCCGACGACGUGGAGCGAAGGGGGGAGCCUUCGUCGUCGACAAGCGCGGCCCACGACGAGCCGUCUGCGCCCGUCCUGGGCGAGCGUGACGUUGACGGCCACGACUACGGCGACGUGGGCAACGGCUCCUCCAGGGGCGGCACCGGCCCCAUCGUCGAGCAGCUACCGGCAUACGAACGAUGA